AGAGCCGGAGUGAGAGGGGGAGAGACAGAGGAGAGGCAGAUAGAUAGAAAGAGGAGCUCGGUCCGGACGCCAGGACAGCACCUCCUCCUCCUCCUCCUCCUCUUUUACUAUCGCAGCAGGCUUCUCCUCCCUCUCUCUAUCUGUCUCUCUGCGUCCGCCGCGAAGCUUCGUUUCGGCUCGACAUCGGAAAGUAAACCGCACUUUUUGAACCCCUUCCCGUUUUUCUCCUCCGCUUCUUUCACUGACAGGAGCCUGUCCGUGUUUGUGUCGCUCACGCCGCGGCAGUAUCUGCUAUUUUUUGUUGUUGUUUUUGUUGUUAUUUACCCCCCCUCCUCCUCCGUGUGUGCCGGUCUGUGGGCUGCCGCCGCUCGCUGGGGCGACGCGGGUGCUAUUUCUCCUCAGAACGGGGGCUUUUAUUAGGUCUCAGCGGCGGUUGUUGUUAUUACAAGUGUGUCCGAGCUGCUGUGCUGCUACUGUACUCCACUCUACCGCCGCCUGCCUGCCUCUGUGUGUAUGUAUGUAUGUGUGUGUGAAGGAAGGAGAGAGUGAGUGAGUGUGUGUGUCGACGUUCGCCGGUGUCGCGUGCAUGUCGUGCGGCGAACUCGUCGCGCAAGUCGCCUCCACUUGUCCGCGGCUAACAGCUCACUUUCUCGGGCUAAAUGUCGCCGGCGCCGCCGUUUUUCCCUCCGUUUUCCCUCCACUUGGACGGAAUUAGCUAACAUUACGAGCUACACACACACAGAGAGAGAGACAGAGAGAGAAACAUCCACACAAACGCUCACCAAUGUCCGCCUCUCAUCACGGUCCAUCUCGACCUCGUCUCCUCCACAGAGCCGCGGGGCUGUCGUUCUCUCUCGCCGCCUCCUGGAGGUGAAGUCGUUUUUUAUUUAAAAGAAAAAUCGUUAUAUUUAUUUUAAUAAAAAAAAAAAUCAUGUUCACGUAGAGAGGAAAAGAGAGGGAAGAACCUGGAGUUUUUAUUUUCUCUCCUGUUUUUAAACUUGAAGAAGACGCUUGUUUUCUCCAGCCUAUGCUCUCCUGUGCUCCAGUGCUGCGUUCAAGGUGAUAGUGAGCAGAGGUGCUGAGAAUGAUGGACCAUCUCAGCGAGGCGUGUCUGGGCAAGGACAACUCUGACCUGGUUAACAGCCUGGCAGAGGCCAAGGCGCCGCCGGCCAAGUUGCCCCGGCUGGAGCAGAACGGCAGCCCGCUGGGCCGAGCCAGGCUGGGCAGCACCGGGGCCAAGCUCGCCGGCGUCCCGUACAAACCCACGGGUCACCUGUUGAAGACCUGCCACAAGAGGGGCAACAUGCUGCCGGUGUUCUGUGUCGUCGAGCACUACGAGAAUCCCAUGGAUUUCGACAGCAAGGAGGAGCACGCCGAGUUCGUCCUGGUGCGUAAGGACAUGCUCUUCAACCAGCUCAUUGAGAUGGCGCUGCUGUCACUGGGCUACUCCCACAGCUCGGCGGCCCAGGCCAAAGGCAUGAUUCAGGUGGGGAAGUGGAAUCCUCUCCCACUGUCAUACGUGACAGACGCACCGGACGCCACAGUGGCGGACAUGCUGCAGGAUGUCUACCACGUGGUCACGCUUAAGAUCCAGCUGCACAGAAAUCUAGCCAGUAACACCUUAAAUUGUUUUGCCGAGCACAAUGAGCCAGGAAGUUGUCCUAAGCUGGAGGACCUGCCACCCGAGCAAUGGAGCCACUCUACAGUAAGAAACGCCCUCAAGGAGUUACUCAAAGACAUGAAUCAGAGCUCUCUGGCAAAAGAAUGUCCCUUAUCACAGAGUAUGAUUUCCUCCAUUGUGAACAGCACUUACUAUGCAAAUGUGUCGGCGGCGAAGUGUCAGGAAUUUGGGCGCUGGUAUAAACAUUUCAAGAAGACAAAAGAUAUGAUGGGCAUGCGCCAGCCCUCCCAGCUGGAGGGCUACCUGGGUACGUGUGUCCUCCGUGAGAGCCCGCGUGCCAAUGCACUAGCGGAGAUCGACAGCCUCGCUGACCUCUCCCCGCCCAGCUCCAACCACACCCACAACCACAACCACAACCACAACCACCUGGGCUUCUCCCAGCAGCAGCAGCCCAUCCCCGGCAGCACCGCAGAGCAGACGCCGUCCUCACAAGUGCCGCCGCUGCCCCACGCGCCGCCGUCGCACGGCGGGCAGACGGGCGGCCGGCAGCCGCAGCUGCCCGGUCUGCACCACCCGGGCCUGGUGUCCACGCCCAUCAGCCCGCAGCUGGUCAACCAGCAGCUGGUGAUGGCGCAGAUCCUCAACCAGCAGUACGCGGUGAACCGGCUGCUGGCGCAGCAGUCGCUGUCGCAGCAGUACCUCAACCACCCGCCCGUCAGCCGCAGCUCGCACAACAAGCCCAUGGAGCCGCAGGUGGCGUCCAACACAGAGGUGUCGUCCGAGAUCUACCAGUGGGUGAGGGACGAGCUGAAGCGAGCGGGCAUCUCUCAGGCCGUGUUCGCCCGCGUGGCUUUCAACAGAACCCAGGGGCUGCUGUCCGAGAUCCUGCGCAAAGAGGAGGACCCUAAGACGGCGUCCCAGUCGCUGCUGGUCAACCUGCGCGCCAUGCAGAACUUCCUGCAGCUGCCCGAGGCCGAGCGAGACCGCAUCUAUCAGGAGGAGAGGGAGCGCAGCCUGACAGCCGCCUCCGCCAUGGGCUCCGCUCCGCUCAUCAGCACUCCGCCCAGCCGCCCUGUCCAGCCCCGGCGGGAGGACUGCAACAGCGUCAGGCCUGAGGACUGGAAUCCCCGGAUCCCUGUGGGCAUUUCCCCUGUGAAGCCGUCGCCUCUGCCGAGCGAGUGGAACGGCAAGACGGAGAGCUGCAUCCUCAACAUCAACUCCACCAUCUACGACGAGAUCCAGCAGGAGAUGAAGAGGGCCAAGGUUUCCCAGGCUCUGUUCGCCAAGGUGGCCGCCUCCAAGAGCCAGGGUUGGCUCUGCGAGCUGCUCCGCUGGAAGGAGGACCCGUCUCCGGAGAACCGGACGCUGUGGGAGAACCUGUCCAUGAUCCGACGCUUCCUGAGCCUCGCGCAGGUCGAGCGCGACGCCAUCUACGAGCAGGAGAGCAGCGCCGGGCAGCAGCAGCACCACAACGAGCGGCCGACGCACCUGAUGCACGUUUCCCCCGACCACUUACAGGCUCCGCCUUCACAGCAGCAGCAGCAGCAGCAGCUCCAGUCCUCGCUGUCUCUCCAGCAUCCGUCCCAGCCUCUCCUGUCCCAGCAGCCCUUGCAGCAGCAGCACCACCACCAGCCCACCACGGGGCCGCGUCUGCCGCCGCGUCAGCCGUCCACGGCCUCGCCGGCCGAGACGGAGGACGAGGGCAGCCGCGCGGGCGGUUGCGGCGGCGGUGGCGGCAUCAACAAGUCCCGUACGGGCGGCGGCAAGAUCUCGCUGGAGGCUCUGGGGAUCCUGCAGAGCUUCAUCCAGGACGUGGGCCUGUACCCGGACGAGGAGGCCAUCCACACGCUGUCGGCACAGCUGGACCUGCCCAAGCUCACCAUCAUCAAGUUCUUCCAGAACCAGCGCUUCUACGUCAACCACCCGGCCAAGGUGUCCAAGGAGAUCAGCGCUGGCACCAUGGCAACCACCACCACCAACAACAACAACAACAACAACAGCAGCAGCAGUAACAGCAGCAGCAGCAGCAGCAGCCCGGCCUUCGACGAGGAGCUGACGGACUUCAGGGAGAGCGGCGAUCUGCUGAAGGAGCUGGACGAGAGCACGCAGACCAACAACACCAUCUUCUCCAUCAAGAUCGAGGAGCAGCUGGAGCGCGGCGUGGAGGCGCAGGCGGAGGCGGAGGCGGAGCGCGACGCCAAGGAGUAGAGCCGUUUGAGUGACUGAGUGACUGCGUGAGUGAGUGAGUGAGGGAGUGUUCACACACUGGAGGAAAAAAAAAAAAGACUAUUUCAGACUCAAAAGUACUACUUUUUGGAUUUUGUAAAAAACAAACAAAAAAAACUUGUAUUAUUCACUGUAAAGACUGAUGCAUCAUUUAAAUAAUCUACACACACACACACACACACACACGUUGCCGUGGAUAUUUGCUGACUGCACUUCUCUGAUCUCAUCUUUUUAAGAAGCUACUGAUUCUAUUUAAAAACAAAGAAAAACAAAACAAAAAGAAGAAGAAGAAGUCGUCGUCGCCGCCCUCUUCCCGGACGUUCGUAGGUGUUUACGUAGUUUUACUUUUACCUUUGAGAGCAGUUGAAAUUGAGGACCAAGUGUGUUUUUGUGUGACAAAAAGGCCUUAAAUCCUGAGGUAUGAAGUCUGCAGCCUGCUGGCACAUUACAAAUGAAAUAAUAAUAAUAAUAAUAAUAAUGAUAAUGAUAAUGAUAAUAAUAAUAAUAAUUAGAGCACGAGGUGACGACGGAACACUUCACACACAUCACGGGAAGGGAGGAGGAAAUAUAAAUAAAUGAACAUAUAUAUAGAUAUAUACAUAUAUUAUUGUAACUGUAAAAAAAAUGAUGAUGAUAAUAAUGAUGAGAAAAUUAAAAAAAAGAAAUAAAAACUAUGCCAACAAAUGCCUUGUACUAUACGGCACCGACUGCCGACGUUCCAUUAUUUUGCAAAACCUUUGUCACUGUAACGAAAAAUGGUUUAAAAAAAAAAUGUGAAUUUCCACACGUUUUAUUAUAUUAUUAUUAUUAUUAUUAUUACUAUUCUCCUUAUGUUGUCCGACCAAUUUAUUUAUUUGCAGUUUAUGUUUUAACGUAGCGCUUAUGUUAUUAAAAAAACAACUAUUUUUUUUUUGUAUUUAUAUAAAUGUGAUUUUUGACGAGGGCCGUCGAAAACAUGAAAGUGUCUUAAACGUCUUUAAAUGGAGAAAAUGUGCUUUAAUUAAUGAAUUAAUUAAUUAAAAAAGAAUAAAAAAAAAAAAGUGCUGUAUGUCGAGCAACUCACGCUUUCACAAGCUUCACGAUUUCAAUGUUGUAUGCAAAGAUUUUUACUCUCAUGCAAAUAAGCUUCGGUUUUAAACGCGACGACGACGUCGACGACGAACCUAGAGAAACAAACGUUAGAAAGAAAAACAUUAUGCAAUCUGUGUGAAAAAAUCAGUGUCUGCGAUGUGUCUUCCUUUUUUGGUUCAACGGUUCCAGUUCAAGAAGAAGAAGAAGAAGAGAAAGGACGUUGGUGAACAAAAUAAUCCUCUGUACAAAAGUCUACUUUUCUUUUUUUAUUUGGAUGAGAUGAGAACUCCAGUUAUUUUGUUACGACUGACUGUUUUAUAAGUGUUUCUUCUUCGGUUCCCUUUUCUUUGGUUUUUUUUUCUUCACAAAAUGUUCUAACUAGAAGUGGUUAUUGAUUGUUGAUUACACAAUUAAACUGUUUGUAUUGUACCACCCGCUUUCCUGGCAUUAACUCCACCACAUACUUUAUUUUAUGAUUUUAUUUUUAUUAUUUAAUCGUCUUUUCCACCUCUCACGGACUCCUUGAGUCCAAACUGUAAAUAUCAACAUCUUAUGAUGAAUCAUUGUUUGAUUAUUGUCAAUGGAAACACUUAAUAAAACUGUAAUUAACAAUUAAUAAGCUG